CGAUCUUCCACGCUUCUCUCGCCACCAAACAGCUAAAUUGUGUCAACACACAAUGAACCGCCUACGCAGAAUACCGGUGACCGUCUCUCGUAGUUGCCAUCGCAGCUUCACAUCCACGCCCUCGACGCGCAGUUCGUGGUCAUCCUCGCCGGCGCCACCUCGUUUGCCAAAGGAGGAACAAGAAAUCUUUGAAAAGCUGCAAAAGCAGUCGGCCGGCGCAUUUAGCACGCCCUCGCCGUCUACGUCGUCGUCAGCUCCGGACUUGGAUGGAUUGAGAACGCAGCCGACCGGCUCGUUUUCAGGCGAUGUAGCCAAGAUCAACCCUCGAGUUGAGGCAACCGGCGAUGGAGAAGAAUUACAUCCCCACAUAAGGAUGGGGGCUAAGCCGGAGUUUGAAGGGGAUGUGAACCCAAAGACUGGAGAGGUGGGCGGGCCUAAGAAUGAGCCUUUACGGUGGGGAGGAGACGGCGAUUGGAGUUAUAAUUGCAGAGUGACGGAUUUCUAGACAACAUUCUGUCGGUUGGCUUUGACACUGGAGGCGUAUGCGAGGUCGAAGAGCAUGGCGUAUCACGAAGUAUGGAAUGAGUGCAGAAAGAUGGUGCGCGAGUAAAUCUUGAUGUACAGCAGUGGUUGCUCCUUUUCCAGAAAGCCUGUAUAUAUAUCAAAGGCAACAAGAUCUACAUAUACGAGGAAAUUAUUACAGACACGAUACCAAAGCAAGCCCAGACUUAGUAGUUUUCAA